GCCCGCUAGCCGGAGGGUGAGCGCGACUAGAAGCUAGUUUGACGGUCGAAAUCUGGCCGGGAAUCCGCGCGGAGGUUCAGCGCAGCUGCGCCUGGCAGAGAGAGAGACAGACAGAGAAGGAAAGAGAGAGCGAAUGGUGAAGACGGAGCGGCGCGGAGGACAGAGACACGACGGCUAACGAUGGUGUGAGAAGCGCUGGCAGACUGGAAUUCUCGAAGAAAGAAAAACAUAGCCAGGGAAGCUGCUGUCGCACUGUGGGAGCGUUUGGCCUCAGGUGUUUGCGAGGAGCAGUGUGUCUGAGGCUUUCCUCGCCAGUAUCUCGUGCUCUAUACAGACCUGCCCCAGAACAUCCUGCUGUGCUGAAAGGGAACACGCCUUACACGCCUGGAGGAGGUGGCCAGUAUCUUAAGCAGCAGUGAAUUGUUCCCUGGUCUGCAGCAGCUGUGGUGUUCCUAGCCAUGAGUGUGAUGGAGGACUUUCCUGUCCACUGAGUGUGCUGCUGUCAGCAUUGCAGCCAUGUCGGCUUGCAGCACCUUCACCGAGCACGUGUGGAAGCCUGGCGAAUGCAAGAACUGCUUUAAGCCCAAGAGUCUGCACCGCCUGGCUGAGGGGGACUCAAGGAAAGGUCGCCACGAGCAAGCCCCUGUCCAGCACAGCCAAACCCCCACAGGGGUCAGGACUAACAUUAACCAGCAUAGUCACUCUCCAGUGGUGGGCGGGGCUAACAUUAACACUAACAUUGCUAUCAGCACUCAGAGAAGUGGAGGCUCCCGCUCUGGUCAGUUCCGACCUCCUGUGGCAAAGAAGCCCACCAUCGCUGUGAAGCCCACCAUGAUGCUCCCAUGUUCAGGGGUGGGGCUAGACACAGAGGGGAACCCACAGAUGCCAGCAGAAGGGGCUGAGCCCGGGAAAGUUUCUGCUUUCACUGUCUGGAGUCACAAUGGCCUGAAUCGAAAGAGGCCUGCAGGACCAAACAACAAUGAAGAAGACGAAGAAGGGGGGCAGAUAGAGGGCUAUGCUUCUCUCUGUCCACCUAGCAGCAGCAGUAACAACAACAAUGGCCUCACAGAUGUGCUGAAGGAGAUAGCCGGUCUAGGCCCGAGCCCAAGCUCUAGCAGAGAUGACUUUUUGGGCCGUAUCAGCUGCUCGUACAGGCGCUCGCUUGAGAGAGGCCUGCCUGCAGCCGGCUGCUUAGCCAUGGGUAGCAGUGGCAGAGCGGCCAAACAUGUCUCUCUCAGUGACAGCGCUGAGAUCAUCAGCUCGGAGGGGGGUCGCUUCUGCUACCCAGAAUUUUCCAGUGAAGGAGAGGAUGAUGAGGAAGGAGCUGAGCUGAGUGAGGGGGAUGAUGAUGAUGAUGAGGAUGAGGAUGAUGAUGGUGAGCAUGAGAGCUGGGAUGAGAGUGAUGAAGAGCUUUUGGCCAUGGAGAUUAGGAUGCGAGGACAGCCGCGCUUUGCUAAUUUCCGCGCUGCAACCCUGUCUCCUGUUCCCUUCGCAGCUGGUAAGAAAUGGAACACUGUCCCGCUGCGGAACCGCUCACUGCAGAGGAUCUGUGCAGUCGACUACGAUGAUAGUUACGAUGAGAUUUUGAAUGGGUAUCCUUCAGUGGACUCCAACGGAGCACCUGGCCUGCUCUCGUAUGGCAGCGACCCUCAAGGUAGUGGCUUCCUGUCCAAUUCAGAGUCCACCACUUCCCCAGAAUUCUCUUCUUCUCUCCCUGAUGACUCCUGUACAUCCAGCAGUGGCAGCAGUGCCCCCUGUGGCCAACGGAAUGGACUGCACUUGGCUUCAGCCAGUAAGGAGCUCACACACCAAGGAGACCCAGUGGGACGAGCACUGACUUCGCCUAAAGCCACUGAGACUCACAAAGCUGUUCUGGCCAUCCGACUACAAGAACAAGACACCAGUCAGAGAGAAGGUGGGCCUCUUCCACAGGCUCUCCCUGGUCAGCCAAUCACAAUCAGCUUCAGCCCUACAGAGGAGCAGGCUAAGCCCUACAGAGUCGUGAGUUUAGAGAAGACUCCCAUCUGUAAGCCAUACACUGUUGUAGACGUGUCUGCAUCUAUGGCCACCACUGAGGAGCGAGCUUCUGAGAGUGCUGCCAAGUCCAAGAGUCCAAACCCUGCAUUUGGUCCACCACCUUACCCUGGGGCCUCCAAAAAUGUUCCCCUAUGUGCUGGCUCUCCUUUUUCCCCAAAAUCACCCUUAUCACCCAAAUUACCUCUUACUCCUAAGUCUGUAGCAGUAUCGCCAACUUCUCCAUUCACUCCGGUUUCACCUUCAGUCCAGGUCUCUCCUAGCACUGCUGUUGCACCCAGCCCUUCCUCCAAGAAGCCUGGGAACAUUCGCUACCAGGAGGUGUGGACAUCUAGUACCAGCCCUAGGCAGAAAAUCCCUAAAGUUGAAUUGCUGAGUGGAGGGACAUCUGGACCAUCAGUCCCUCCUAGACACAGCAACCAUAAAUCAGCUCCCACCUCCCCCGUUGCCGGCCUUUCCUCAUCUCGCACUGUACCUGUCAAGUCACCCAACUUGUCUGAGAUCAAGUUCAACAGUUACAAUAACGCAGGUAUGCCCCCAUUUCCCAUCAUCAUCAGAGAUGAGCCUGCAUAUGCACGCAGUUCAAAGAAUGCUGUGAAAGUGCCCAUUGUAAUCAACCCCAGUGCAUAUGAUAAUCUGGCUGUGUAUAAGAGCUUCCUAGGCCUGAGCGGGGAGCCACCCCAGCACAAGCCUGGAGCCGGUAGUCGUGUGACUAGCCACACAUAUGAAGAGAUUGGUUCAUCUGAGAGCACACAGCCCUCUCCAACAGAACAAAUGCCCAGUGCCAGAAAACCUGCCUCAGCCACUACUGAGGAAGAGAGAGACACCACAAGGGUAGUAGAGGCUCCUCAUGAUGACAAAGCCAAAAGUACCACUGAGUCCAAUGUAGUAUCAACCAACUUCUCAGUUACUUUCUCCACUCCCAGGACCAACAUUACGCCUACUGUCAGCCCUCUCUCUGGCAGCCUGACCAAGAGCAGCUCUGCCACAGCCAACCUCAGCCGCAGCCGUAACCCCAGCGGUGAGCCGCCAGUAGGCAGCAGCGAGUGCCAGUCCUCCUCCACCAGUGGUUCAGGGCACAGGGAGAAGGCCAGCAUGGUGCUCUCUCAGAUAGUAGCCUCUAUCCAACCCCCACAGUCACCACCAGAGUCGCCCACCGCUCAAGGUAAAACCUGUAGCGCCGAGGAGCUGUACUCUCUCCCUCCUGACGCCACUAAGGGAACUCUCAGCAGGCCCAAGUCCCUUCACUGCCCUGCAGACAGUGGCCUGUCAAAGUCCCGUAAAGAAACACCAUCCAAGCUUCUCCCCAAGUCUCAGAGUGCCUCGGCAGCCGAAGCUCCCACAAGUCCCAAACCUGAGCCUGGUGCCCCGUUUCCCCCACCUAGAUCCACCUCCUCCCCCUAUCAUGCUACCAACCUGCUUCAGAGGCACUUCAGCAAUUGGACCAGGCCAACAGGCUCCAGGCCCAGCGAUGGGGAGGUCAGCCCUGGAACAGAGGGCAGGCGCUCAUCCGACAGCAACAAGCCCAAACGCUGGAUCUCCUUCAAGAGCUUCUUCCGCCGGCGGAAAGAUGAGGACGAGCAGAAGGAGAAAGCGGAGAGAGAGAAGGAAAAAGGGAAGCUAGUUGGUUUGGAUGGGACUGUGAUCACCAUGCUUCCUCCUCCACCUAUCCAGAGGCAGCACUGGUUCUCAGAGUCAAAAACGGAUGAUCCCACCCAGAAACCCACCAUCAUAUUCACCUAUAAGCCUGAUAGUGGGGCAGGAGGAGAUGGGGAGGGAGAGCUGAGGGUGGAGGAGUGUAAUGCAUCAACAGUGACCAGUCUGAACCAAUCAAGUGCCCCCAAGAGCAGAGCCAGCCUCCUUAUCAGCAAAGUCAUGAGUCAAAUGCCAGUUGAGGGUCCGGACAAGGAGAUGCCCGCUGCCACCUCUUUGCCCGCCAAGCUGGAGCUAUCGCCUGUGUGUGAGGCAGCCAGCCCUUCUACUCAGCCUGCUGCUCCUCCCCUCUCACACAGCGAGGGCAGCGCCAGCCUGGGGGAGCCAGAGGAGGACGAGGGCACACAUACUCACUCUCACUCUCACUCACCUGCUUCCAGCUCCUGCAGUGCCACCUACACCAACCUGGGUCAGUCCAGGGCCAGUAUGAUUCCCCUGAAGCAUCCCAGGCACCCUAAAGCCUCUGAUGACACUCUGCACUCUGAGCCUGAGGGUUCUGAUCCUGGCUCUAAAGCCACUCCUCCUCCACUACCUAAGAAAGCCGUUCCUCGAGCCCAUACAGAGCCAUCUCUGUCCAGAGAGUCUGCAGCUCCACGGCCGCGUGGCGAGGCCAAGCCAGGCGGCACCAGUCUGAGUGUAGCCAAUCCGCUGUACGACCUAGACUCCACCUGGGAGACAGCCAGUCAGAGCUCCUCCCUCAGCUCCGAUGCCCGGCAGCUUGAUGAGUCCGGAGAUUCUCUGGAGCGACCCACAGGGGGGCGAAGUCUGUCGUGUCUUACCAACAGUGGCUCAGCACAAGGUCGGGAGAGGAAGGCCAGCGAGCGCAGGGGCUGCCGCAGCACAGAGAGCCUGACAGCCAGAGGGCGCUCAUCUGGCAGGGGCAGAGAUGGCGGCAGUAAGCCCCAGAGGCAGGCUCUCUAUAAAGGCAUAGAUAGCUGGGAGGAGGUGGUGGGCCGCAUCCGCAGCCUCCACACAGAAACCCUCUGUAAACUGGCCAGCCGCUGCGAGGAUCGCUUCAUGGCCGGCCAGAAGGACCAUUUACGCUUUGGUACGGACAGUUGGUCACACUUCCGGCUGACCACAGGCAAGCCCUGCUGCGAGGCAGGAGACGCUGUCUACUAUACUGCUGCUUACGCAAAGGACCCACUCGUCAACUACGCCGUUAAGAUCUGCAGGUACAAGGUAAAGGAGACGCAGCAGCAGUUUUUCCAUAGCCUGGCUGUGCGUCAGAGCCUGCCCGUGCACUUCAACAUCCAGCAGGACUGUGGCCACUUCCUGGCAGAUGUGCCUGCCCGCCUGCUACCCUGGGAGGAGGCGGAGAGUGAUGAAGAGAAGGAAGAGAAAGGAGAGAAGGGAGAGAAGAAGAGCGAGGGAGGGGAGGAGGAAUGGAAGGUAGGGCGGAGCGAGGAGGAGGCACUGGUGGAUACGAAACUACGCAGCCGCGUGGUGGUGAUCACACGCGAAGUGCCCUUCCAGACAGUGGCUGACUUUGUUCGUGAUGGAGUGGGGCGGCAUGCCCGUAACCCAGAGCUGUAUGAGCGGCAGGUGUGCCUGCUGCUACUGCAGCUGUGCGCCGGCCUGGAGCACAUGAAGCCUUAUCACGUGACUCACUGCGACCUGCGCCUGGAGAAUCUGCUGCUGGUGCACUGCCAGCCAGGCAACCCCUGGAACCUGGACCUGCUGGAGCCCAACAACAACAACAGCGCUACCGCCUCAGCUUCGUCUUCUGCCUGCCCCGCCCGCCUCAUCAUCAGCAAUUUCUCACAGGCCAAGCAGAAGAGCUCGCUGGCCGAGGAGCCGUCCGUAGUGCUGAAGGACCGCUCACGGCUUGCUCCCGAGCUGCUGAGUGCCACCCAGUACCGCAAGUGUGACGAGUUUCAGACGGGCAUCCUCGUAUAUGAGAUGCUUCAUCGACCUAAUCCGUUCGAGGAGGCGCCGGGGCUGAAGGAGCGAGAGUACGCGCGUUCAGACCUGCCGCAGUUACCUACACGCUCCCUGUACUCGCAGGGCCUCCACCGUUUGGCCUACCUGCUGCUAGAUGCCAACCCAUCUGAGCGCAUCAGCAUGGCCGACGCCCGCGCUUGCCUGCAAUGUCUACUGUGGGGGCCAAGGGAGGACCUCUUUCACACGCUGGGAACUGGUGCCACACCAGCUCAGCGGCAGACCACGCUGCAGAACUGGCUGGACCUGAAGCGCACACUGAUGAUGAUCAAGUUUGCAGAGCGCUCACUGGACUCGGGCUGCGGCGUCAGCCUGGAGGAUUGGCUCUGCUGCCAGUAUCUGGCCUUCGCCAGCACAGACUCCGUUGACAGGGUUAUCCGCAUCCUGCAGGAACCACAGGGACAGCUGCUCUGAGCUCUCUUGCUCAUGCUCAGAUUCAUUUGGAUAGGUGGUUUUGGAUUAGCUCUGGUCAAGCAUUGUUUGGUGUUUUUCUUGCUUUAACACAGUGGCUCUUAACUCCAGUCAUGGGGACCCAGUGUUCUACAUACGUUCAGUUACUUUUUGCUAGAGCUGGGCCUACACUACACAACUUUUAAAAUACUUACAGAUUUACUCACAAACAUUUUCACAGAAUGACACACGUUUUUCACAGAAUGUCUUAUAAUUUUGUGGUGAGGGUGCGCACAGUAGAUAGGUCUUAUUGGUAAAACAAGACAAAAAGUGGAUAUCACACUCAUAAUCAGCUACGAAAAAGCACUCAAAAUCCCAGAUCUUGCCCUAGAAAAGUAGCUUGAAUUUGUAAAUGGAGAGCCUUGACGUCUGGGUCCAUAUAUUGUAAAAGUUUAUAAAAGCUCAUAUUUCUCUCUUUGAGCUUUCUCAUUUGCUGUUGUCUGAAUCAGUUGUUAGUUAGGUAGCUGACCAGCUCAAACCACACAGGACCUGACUGUGAACGUUUUAAUCAUAAAAAUCUAAUGUGUUGAAAAAUAUUGGAAUGUCCCCAAUCACUCCAGAGUUACAGAAGUCAAAGAUUCACAUCAGAAGUCAAAGAUUCAGUCAUUUCUCCUCUCACACAUCGCCACCGUUAUCCACUUCUAGCUGAGCUUCUGACCUGGGAAAUCGUUUUAAAUAUCAAAAAUUUGUGGGAAGGAGCAAAUCAAGGUUGCAAUACAUAUCACAGGAUUUUGCCCUUAUAAGUCAGAGUCAGGCCUGUCAUAGACUGCUGUACUUAACAAUAACUGCAAUUAACAGUUUGUAUUUUUUCCAACUAUUAAAAUACAAACCUAAAGUGGUCAAAUUACCUAUCUUGCUUCUUAGCUGAGUAGCACUGACCAACACAGCUCAAGCUUAAAUAAAUAAAAAUUACUUCUGGCUGCCCUUCAACCAUGGCAUCAGUCAAAGGUAGGCCUGUCUGUCUGUUUGUUACUACAGAAAUAUAUUGUGAAAAUUAUCUACUGUAGAAAAAAUUGCAGUCAGCUUAAAUAAAUGCGUUCAGCUCAAAUAAUUGCAAUCAGUUGGUUAAGUAGCAAUUGUGUCAGGCUUAAUCAUAGCAGAUGCAAUUCACAUACACGUACAUACAGGACUCCCACAGUAUAAAAAUGUAUAGUAAUUUAUCAUGGUAAUGAUAUCAUAUUGCCACCGCUGUUCCCUUCCCUCCCUGUCAGGAGGGGUUGAUAAGUAGCUGAUGAGUGGCUCAGUUGUGUUGGGACAGGGAAGGUAUGAAACAUGAAACUGUCUUUUCACAGGACUGGAGUUGAGAAACAGUGCUUUAGUCUGAUCCAACUUAUUAGCUAAUUAACGAGUCUCUCCUGCAAUGUGUAAGAGCAGGUAAAACACUAAACCAUGCAGGAUGGAGCUCCUCCAGAACCGGGGUUGGGAAACACUCACACAUGCCAGUGGCAUCAUCGCCGUAGCGACUACCAGUCAACUCUGAUAUCACAGGCCUCGCCCCUGCUGGAGACUGCUAGCACAUGCACAUUUGCGCUGUACACCUAGUUUUUCUGUUUGUUUUUUUUUGUUUGCUGAACAUGCAAGUUCAGUUUGGACUUUCUUGGUUUGUGUCAGGUUUACACUGAUGUUGAGUGGUGAAGAACAAUUCACAUACAAUAGUCAACAUUUUACUUUUAUUUCUUUUGAAAGAGCCUGAUCGUUGUUUGGCGAGUGACAUAGUUUGAUGGAUGAUCUGUUAACCGUCAGUUUUUUUUGUUUGUGUUUUUUAAUCUUUAUCAUCGUCCAUAUCUAAAGCAUGUUGAACAGCCUUGACUCGGUAAACGCCCCAUGAUAAAUUGCUAAUGCUAACAGUUCAUAGCUACAGCUGGUUGGGAGAGCGCUGAUCUGGCAUCAGCAGCUUGUCUCCUGUGCUGUGACUGUGCUUGUAACUACUAUUUUUUUUGCUUGCAUUGAGUCGGUCAGAAUUUCAACCAAGGCCUGAGAGAUUUCAGUGUUACAGCAGUGUGUUGGUGUGGGGAGGGUGGGGAUUUACAAUUUUACAUGUAAUACCUGUGUGGUGGGGAAAAGCAGCUCGAUGAACUGCAGCUGAAAGAUACCACUGAGGGCCACCUAUCUGUCUCAUACAUCCCCUUCUGUCUCCUCUUUAUUGAUGUUCUCCUUUCUGCCCUACACCAUCUGUCACUCACAGUCCAAGAGAAAGAUCAGAUGUCAUUUAUUACAUGAACAUUACAUUAUAUGAACAACUUCUUCAAUUUGGAAAGAAAUCAGUUUCUCUACUGACAUCCGAGUGGUUUACCUAUGAUACAAGAAACAGAUGAUACAAAGGGUUCCAAAGCAGCUGGGGUGAGAUUUUUGUACCACCAGAAGUUACCAAAGGUUACCAAAGACAGUUUGGCCUCUAUUUUGACAUUCAGACAGAUUAUGAAAGCAAAGUGUUUUGUAUUUUUAAAUGUUUUUAGCGCUUAGUUCACUCAAGGAGAGCAGACUUAGCCGGUGAAGUUACAAUAUUACUAAAGUGUCCUUAUUCAGACGUACAUCGAAUAAAGCAAGUUUUGGCCCUCAUAUCCAAGAUCGAAAGAUGGACUCAGAGGAUGUUUGGUGAAAGUGCACUGUGGUUUAGCGCUCCGUUCAGAGUCAGCUAGUUCCAUUUCUGGGGCCCCCAGAAGAGUUCAGCUCCACAGCAGAACUGCAGAAGUGGGGCAGCUCAGCCCCAGAGGAUCGUGGGUUGAAUGACUGACACUCCUUAUGGAUACUUUUAUGGAUUUAUGUGCAAUCAUUGUAAAUUUUGUUACUUUUGGAAACAGUAUUUAAACAUAUUGUAUGUACUUGAUAUUAUGCAGCAUUUAGUUAUUCAGUUACUUCUGUUUGGCACAUAAUUGAUGACAAUGCCUGCGUCAAGGCACGGCUUUUUUUGUUUUGUUUUUUUUAUGAACCAUAAUUUUACAUGAUUUAUGUUCACAAGCUUGGAUAAGAUGCUGUCACAGUGUGUGUGUGUAUGUGUGUGUGUGUGUGCGUUUGCAUGUACAUUUGAGUAUGCAUGUUUGGCAAAGGAUUUGUCAGGGAGUGCACAUACUUCAUCUUUUUUUUUUUCUUUUUUUUUUUUUGUUGUUAUUUCCUUAAUAUAUCUUUGGGUUUGGGAGUGUUUGUGUGUGUGCAUGUGUGCGUGUGUAUAUGUGUGUGUGUGUGUGUGUGUGCGUGUGUAUAUGUGUGUGUGUGUGUAUGUGUGUGUUAUUUUAAAGAGUUGAGGCAGGAAAAAGGGACUUAGAAGGUGAGAAUGGAUCUUUGGAAUCAGCAGCAAGUCCCAGUGGAGCAGAGUCUUUCCUUUAGGUCUGCAUUCACGCAUUCACACAUCCAUUUCAACCACAUCAGUAAAGAAAAGCACCACUGCUACACCCUCAGAAGACCCUAAACCGACUGUGAAAAGCUGCCGUUUCCUUCUACACCUAGACAGUACACCGCAGCCAGUUACGAUGAUGCGUGCUUUAAAAAUCUGCGCCAGUGCAUCAGGUGCAUUACUUGUGCAGCAACAGAAUAUGCUGGUAAUGCGUUUGUUGCAUUACUGGGACAACGUUUACCUGGGGCCGGAUUCAGAAAAAUGUAUUAAGAAAGAACAUCAUCUUCAAUGCUUUUUUUCUUAAGCUAAAAGUUAAGAUAAAUCACCAUUCUUCAAAAACUCUCUUAACAGUUCCCUUAAGAAUGAUUCUGAAAACAAGUGAUCCAUUUUGCUCUCCACAGGCCCUGAUCACCGGGGCUGAAAGUUUAAUUGUUUUUAAAAGCGCCUUUUUCAGACUGCAAUUUUAAUUACAGCCUCCAAGUUUUAAGUAGGGAAUGUUUUACGUAGUAACAUGGAACUUGUGAGCUGCGUGAAUGAGUCGGAGCAGCUAAACACCCACACACUGUGUAUGCAACAACACAACUGCAGCUAACUGGUCAUCAAGCACCUUCAACAUUGAAGUCUCAAGCCGAAAAAGUGAAAAUGCUGGUUUUCUUGGCCAAACAAACAGACCUGAACCUCAAUUUAUAGAAAAGCAUUGCAAUUUAAAUUGCAGUCACAAUACUGGUCUGAAAAUCACAUUUAGAGGUUUCCCCCAAAAACAUUCAGCCCUGCUGAACAUAAUAAUCUGAAGAACUUCACAAAAUGUAAAUUGCAUCAUCGUAAACAUUCAAAUUUAACACGACACAGAAUUGCAUUUAAGAAAAUUCUUAUUAAUGUGUUAGCAUUUGAUCCUUCCUAUGUUUUUCCUUAGUGAAUGAAUCCAGCCCCAGAUUUUUAAAAUUGGCCUGAGAAACUACAGGAUACUGAGCCCUUAGAAACCACAGAGUCAACACCUAAUGCAUCAACUGCAGUGACUGCACAGCAAUGCAACAGAGUUAUUCAUACAAGAGCUUAAUAAGGUUCAUCCGUCUUCCAGAGGCUAUUGCUGUUCAUUCUGGUUUCUUUAAGCUGUGGAUCUGAGAGCAGGACAGGCCUGAUUCUUUAAUAGCCCAUUCAGGACCUUUUUAGCAACACUGUGGAGCAGUGUAAACUUCUUUGAAUGAAACUGAAACAUGAUUGUAAAGAGACGAUGCUGUUUGGAGCCAGUUGCAAGUGGUGGGAAAGUACUGAUCCAGUCUAAAGCUGUGUUAACCCAGAAGGGACAGCCAUGUGGGAAUGAGUAGAAAAGUAUUCCGAGCAGAACUUUCGACUGUUGUCUGAAUCAGGCAGGACUGCUUGCUCACUUAUAUGGAUCCGGGUGCUGCUCGAUUACAGUUGCAGUUCUACUGUGGAGAAGAGAUUGUUCAAUCCGUGUGUAUGUCUGUGCGCGUGUGUGUGUGUUUUAUGAGACUCCAGUUGCUGCUGAGCUGGUUGACGUGCUGGGGAAUGUAGUGGACUGCACUGGUGGCCGUCCUUCUGUCAGAGAGUUUUCUGUUUUAUUGAGUUUUAUAGAAUUGCAUCAGUACUGUCAGAAUGGCACGCACACCCACAGCUCCAAAUGCACCGCUUCAUCUGUCGGAUACAGCUUUUCUUAUUCACGCCUUUUUAAACAGAGGGGAGCUGGAUGUCCUUAGCAGUGAGAGAGUCUGUAAGGCCAGCUGUACAGUCCAUGCUGUAUGGUACUUAUGCUGUGUGGUAUAUGCGCUGUAUGAUCCUCCUCAUUUCAACUGUCAAAGGUUAAGAGACUUUUAACCACUUCUUACAGAAUCACCCUACACAAAAUUCCAUUUUCAUAUGCGGUAUUUUUCAUUUUUUCAGUAGUAUUGCCAACAGGGUGUUUUACUGUUGCUUACCAGUGUAUUUUAAUGGCCACUGAAUAUAUAAAAGCUCUA